AUGGUCUUCCUGGCUUUGGCAGUGGAAUUUUGUGUUAUACUGCGCGACAGUGAGGUAAAACUCAACACCCGAGGCGUCGGAGGCGCCGGAUUGAACACGAUCGAACUCUCCGGUGUACUCAAAGAGAUCCCAAGAGACGGAGAAAUAGGAUUGAUUAUCCGGUCCUCUGAAAGUUCAACGGUCGCCGGACAAACCGCCGCCCCGACCAAGGCAGGAAAUAGUAUUAAUCCGCUUGCGCAGAAACAAAAGGCCGUCCUCCGCGCGAUCAUCCGAUGA